AUGCCGACAUCUGCAGCCUUGCAGUUUCGAGCGAGGAACAUCCUUCUUGCAUCCAGCGAAGCACGGACAUUGAGGAGAUGCCGAUCUUGGACAUUUCUUGUCUCGCCCCCAACGAUUCUCCUACGACAUCUAAACACAUCCUCGCUACCCUGGUCGAAGAACAAUCGAUCCUAAUGAAG